UAUUCUAAGAGAAAUUACGUUGUGCCAAAUCUGAAAGCGUGUCACUGUUGACCUCCACUGACAGUUAGAAAUUAGAAUUAGUCAUAAUCAUUGCAUCUGUUUGGAAUCAUAUAAAGUUCUUUGUAAAUUGGUGGUAGGAGAAAUUUCUUAAGUGCCGUCUCGUUCAGAUUAGUCAGUAAUAUACUUCUUUUUAGAUAUAUAUUUAUCUUUAGUAGCUUUCGGAGUGUAGAGAAAGAGUGUAUUUACAGGAAUCGAACACGAAAUUAACUCAAUUAUAUUUCAGAAAAUGAUAUGGCUGGUGGUGAGUUCACUAUUGGUCAUAUUUAUCAUUUAUUGCAUAAAGGCUUCUAUCCGACCUCGUGACUUUCCUCCCGGACCUCCCUGCUUAGCGUUCCUGGGUUCCCUGCCUUACCUUGAUGUGAGGAAUCUUAGCAAGUCCUUCUCUAAGCUUCAGGAACGUCAUGGAGAUGUUUUUUCCGUCUUCAUCGGCAGCACCCCUGUAGUUGUACUUAACGGAUGGAAAACAAUCAAGGAGGCGUUUGAACGUCCUGAGUUCUCCGGUAGACCUGGAAACUUUAGUGGAACCUUCUUUCAGAAAGGAAAGACGGGGAUUACAACUACAGAAGGGAAGCACUGGAGCAGUCAGAGAAACUUUCUGAUUGAUUAUCUUGAGAAUAUUUCUAGAUCAGGCAGUCAAGGUUUCCAGGAUAUUAUGAUGGACGAGGUGACUGACCUCAAGUUGGAUCUCACCAAGAAGCUCUCAGAACCUAUCGCUGUCAGCUACAAGCUGAACGUGUGCAUCAUUAACAUCCUUUGGAACCUAUGCUGCGGAAGGAGGUUGCACGCUCAGCAACAAGAGUUUCAAACUGUUUAUGAAUGUGUGGAUAAGAUCACACAGUUCAUGUCUCGAGCAGCAAUAUUCUCUUUCCUACCGAUCCUGACUAAAAUUCUACCGGAAUCUAUCACGAAAAUUGAAAAAGGUCGUUACUACAGGAACAGGUUCCAUGAAAUUAGUGAGAAAUGGAUCCGGGAACACAGGCAGGAAUAUCGGGGAAACAGGACAGGAGACUUACAGGAUCUAUACCUGGAGAAGGUUAAUAAGGGCGAGGAUAACUUUACCGAGCAAGGUUUGGCGGCAAUGAUAAGAGAAAUCUUUGUUAUAGGCUCGGAGUCCGUGUCCGUGAUGCUGAGAUGGUCGCUGAGGAUCUUGUCCUGUCAUCCAGAGGUUCAAGAGAAGGUCCAGGAGGAGCUGGAUCGGGUUUGUGGGCGUGGGGUCGACGUGACUUGGGAUAAAUCUGACCAGCUUCCCUACACGAUGUCAAUGGUGAAGGAAGUUCAACGGUUUGCAGAUAUCGCUCCGACAGGACUGAUGCAUAAGACUGUUUGUGACGCAACCUUGCAGGGAUAUCAUCUUCCUGCCAACACCCUGAUCAUGGCCAACUUUACAUCCUGCCACCAGAGUACCGAGUUCUGGAAACACCCAGAGAAGUUCUAUCCUGAACACUUUCUAGAAAACGGAAAACUGAUUGAGAACAAGGAAGGGUUUAUGCCCUAUGGUUUGGGAACAAGAAUUUGUCCUGGGAUGAAACUGGCGGAUAUGGAACUGUUCCUUAUUCUCUCCAAUAUCCUCUCCUCUUACCAGCUAGUCAUGGUUGAAGGAGACGACGGAGAUCUGGGAACACAGUUCGAAGGUGGAACUGCAGUGCUCAGGAACCCUAAACCCUACAGGGUCGUCUUCGAGAAUAGAUCUUAAUCUAAAAUAUUAUUUAAUGAUCUUACUGAUCAGGAUCUCGUACUGUACCAGAUCUGAUAAUUUACUUUCUUCUAAUUUAUGCUAUCUGUUUUAUACCCUAUGUUUAAGUUAUUAUAAUUUAAACUAAUUAAUACUAAUGUAAAUAUGUCUGAAAAUUUGUUUUAUUCGGCCAAAAAGUUGUCCCAAUCAUUUUGCAUUUCACGGCAUGUUUAUUUUCUCCAGUUAGUGGGCAUUCAUAUUAAUCAACACGUGAUGAAUAGAUCUAAGAAAAUAUUAAUUAUUUAAAAGUUCUAGAAUAUACUCUUAAUUAACUAUUUUACAGA